AUGGCAAGAAAGAAACUGAAGAAAUUUACGACUCUGGAGCUUGUACUCAGCACUCUGCUGCUUGUGCUGUUCAUCAUCACUAUUCCUCUGUUUGUGCUUUUAGCCAAUGGUCCCACUGAGUCUAAAGAUUCUGUCGAGUGCCCAGUGGUAGAUGAAUCGGAGCGGAUAAACUGCAUCCCUGACCAAACACCGACAAAGGCCACGUGUGAGCAGCGUGGCUGCUGCUGGAACCCUCAGGGAGCUAUAACUGUUCCUUGGUGCUACUAUUCCAAGAAUCACGGCUACCAAGUGCAGAGCGAUCUUGUGAAUACAAAUGCAGGAUUCACAGCCCAGCUGAAAAGUCUGUCUUCUUCAUCUCCCUUCGGAAAUGAUGUUGACAACGUCCUUCUCACGGCAGAAUACCAGACAUCUAACCGUUUCCACUUCAAGUUAACUGACCCAACCAAGACCAGGUAUGAGGUACCCCAUGAGCAUGUGCAGCCCUUCCGUGGAAAUGCUGCCUCCUCCUUGAACUACCAAGUUGAGGUCUCCAAAGAGCCAUUUAGCAUCAAAGUGACCAGAAGAAGCAACAAUCGUCUUCUGUUUGAUUCGAGCAUCGGGCCCCUCCUGUUUGCUGAUCAGUUCCUACAGUUCUCCAUCCGCCUGCCCAGUGCCAACGUGUAUGGUCUGGGGGAACAUGUGCACCAACAGUAUCGGCAUGAUAUGAAUUGGAAGACCUGGCCUAUUUUUACCAGGGACACAACCCCCAAUGAGGAUGGAACUAACUUGUAUGGUGCUCAGACAUUCUUCCUGUGCCUGGAAGAUGCAAGUGGAUUGUCCUUUGGGGUAUUUCUGAUGAACAGCAACGCCAUGGAGGUUGCCCUCCAGCCUGCCCCAGCAGUCACUUACCGCACCAUUGGAGGCAUUCUCGACUUCUAUGUGUUCUUGGGAAACACACCCGAGCAAGUGGUUCAAGAAUAUCUAGAGCUCAUUGGACGGCCAGCCCUACCCUCUUACUGGGCUCUUGGAUUUCACCUCAGUCGUUACGAGUAUGGAACCCUGGAUAAUAUGAAACAAGUCGUGGAGAGAAACCGUGCCGCACAACUCCCUUACGACGUUCAGCAUGCUGACAUCGACUACAUGGACGGGAGGAAGGACUUCACCUACGAUCCAGUGGACUUCAACGGCUUUCCCGAGUUUGCUGAGGAGUUACACAGUAAUGGGCAGAAAUUGGUCAUCAUUGUGGAUCCAGCCAUCUCUAACAACUCUCCCCCAAGUAAUCCCUAUGGCCCAUACGACAGAGGUUCAGCUUUGAAGGUUUGGGUGAACGAUUCAGGCGGUGUGACGCCCAUCAUUGGAGAGGUCUGGCCUGGAACAACUGUGUUUCCUGAUUACACUAAUCCAACCUGUGCACUUUGGUGGGCGAAUGAAUUUGAGCUUUUCUACAAUCAAGUGAAAUUUGAUGGACUUUGGAUUGAUAUGAAUGAAGUGGCCAAUUUUGUUAAUGGUUCGGUUUCAGGAUGUUCCACAAACAACCUAAAUUAUCCUCCAUUCACUCCGAGAAUCCUGGAUGGGUACCUGUUCUCCAAGAGUCUCUGCAUGGAUGCAGUGCAGCACUGGGGCAAGCAGUAUGACGUCCAUAGUCUGUAUGGCUAUUCCAUGGCAAUUGCCACAGACGAAGCCAUCAAGACGGUGUUCCCUAAUAAGAGAAGCUUUAUUUUAACCCGCUCCACAUUUGCGGGGUCUGGCAAGUUUGCAGCCCACUGGUUAGGAGACAACACAGCCACCUGGAAUGAUCUUCGGUGGUCCAUCCCUGGCGUGCUCGAGUUCAACCUUUUUGGAAUCCCCAUGGUGGGACCCGACAUAUGUGGCUAUUACCUGGAUGCCCCCGAGGAGCUCUGCAGGAGGUGGAUGCAGCUGGGAGCCUUUUACCCAUUUUCCAGGAAUCACAACGGCCAAGGCUACAGGGACCAGGAUCCUGCCUCCUUCGGCGCUGACUCUCUGCUGUUGAAUUCCUCCCGGCACUACCUGAACAUCCGCUACACCCUGUUGCCCUACCUGUACACCCUCUUCUACCGAGCUCACAGCCGAGGUGACACGGUGGCCAGGCCCCUUCUGCACGAGUUCUAUGGGGACAACAACACUUGGGAUGUGUACCAACAGUUUUUGUGGGGGCCAGGCCUCCUCAUCACUCCAGUUCUGGAAGAGGGUGCAGAGAAAGUGGUAGCGUAUGUGCCUGAUGCCGUCUGGUAUGACUAUGAAACUGGGGGUCAAGUGGGAUGGAGGAAGGAACGAGUUGAGAUGGAACUUCCUGGAGACAAAAUCGGACUUCACCUUCGAGGAGGCUACGUCUUCCCCACGCAGCAGCCCAGUACAACCACUACGGCCAGUCGACAGAACCCUCUUGGUCUUAUCAUCGCCCUGGAUGAGAACAAAGAAGCGAAAGGUGAACUUUUCUGGGAUGACGGAGACACCAAAGAUACUGUGGCCAACAAUGUUUAUCUUUUAUGUGAGUUUUCUGUCACCCAAAACCGCUUGGAUGUGAAGAUCUCACAAUCAACCUACAAGGACCCCAAUAAUUUAGCAUUUAAAGAGAUCAAAAUCCUUGGGACACAGAGACCUAACAAUGUUACAGUGAAACACAAUGGUGUUCUAAGUCAGACGUCUCCUAAAGUCACUUACGAUUAUAACCUGAAGGUUGCUGUUAUCACAGAAAUUGACCUUGUCUUGGGAGAAGCGUACACGGUGGAGUGGACCAUGACGACGAGGGAUGAGGAAAAGAUCGACUGCUAUCCUGAUGAGCACGGAGUUUCUGCAGACAACUGCAUUGCCCGUGGCUGUGUCUGGGAGGAAUCCAGUUCUCCUGGGGUCCCUUUCUGCUACUUCGUCAAUGAUCUAUACUCAGUCAGCAAUGUUCAGUAUAACUCAGAUGGAGCCACUGCUGACAUCUCCCUAAAGUCCUCUGUUCAAGCCAAUGCCUUCCCGUCCACACCCGUGAACCCCCUGCGCCUGCAAGUGACCUACCACAGGAAUGAAAUGCUGCAGUUUAAGAUCUAUGACCCCAACAACAGUCGGUAUGAGGUCCCAGUUCCUCUGAACUUACCCGGGGCUCCAGCCAGCAGCCCUGAGAGUCAGCUCUAUGAAGUCUCCAUUGGGGAGAACCCAUUCGGGGUCGUGAUUCGCCGCAGGAGCACAGGCGCUGUCAUCUGGGACUCUCGGCUGCUCGGCUUCCUGUUCAAUGACCUGUUCAUGCGCAUCUCCACCCGCCUGCCCUCUGCGUACCUGUAUGGCUUUGGGGAGACGGAGCACACGUCCUUCAGGAGAGACCUGAACUGGCACACGUGGGGCAUGUUUUCCCGAGACCAGCCCCCGGGGUACAAGCUGAAUUCCUAUGGUGUGCACCCCUACUACAUGGGCCUGGAGGAGGAUGGCAGUGCCCACGGAGUGCUCCUGCUCAACAGCAACGCCAUGGAUGUGACGUUCCAGCCCACGCCCGCCCUGACUUACCGGACCACAGGGGGAGUUCUGGACUUCUAUGUGUUCUUGGGGCCCACUCCAGAGCUUGUCACUCAGCAGUACACGGAGGUGAUUGGUCGUCCUGUGAUGGUGCCUUACUGGUCCCUGGGCUUCCAGCUGUGUCGCUAUGGCUAUGAGAAUGACACGGAGAUUGCCAACCUGUAUGAUGAUAUGGUGGCUGCCCAGAUCCCCUAUGACGUGCAGUACUCAGACAUCGACUACAUGGAGCGGCAGCUGGACUUCACCCUCAGCCCCAAGUUUGCUGGGCUCCCAGCUCUGAUCCAGCGCCUGCGUGGUGAUGGGAUGCGGGUCAUCCUCAUCCUGGACCCAGCGAUCUCUGGCAAUGAGACGCAGCCUUACCCGGCCUUCACUCGGGGUGUGGAGGACGACGUCUUCAUCAAAUACCCGAAUGAUGGCGGCAUUGUCUGGGGAAAGGUCUGGCCUGACUACCCUGAUGUUGUUGUGGACAGCUCUCUGGACUGGGACAGUCAAGUGGAGCAAUACAGAGCUUAUGUGGCCUUCCCAGACUUUUUCCGUAAUUCAACUGUCAGCUGGUGGAAGAGGGAAAUACAAGAAAUGUACACCAACCCACAGAGUCCUGAGAAGAGCCUGAAGUUCGACGGCUUGUGGAUUGACAUGAAUGAACCGGCGAGCUUUGUGAAUGGGGCAGUUCCUGCAGGCUGCACGGAUCCCACUCUGAACCAUCCGCCCUACAUGCCAUACCUGGAGUCCAGGGGCGCGGGCCUGAGCAGCAAGACCCUGUGCAUGGAGAGCGAGCAGAUCCUGCCAGACGGCUCCCGUGUGCGGCACUAUGACGUGCACAACCUGUACGGGUGGUCCCAGACCAGACCCACCUACGAAGCCGUGCAGGAUUUGACGGGACAGCGAGGGAUCGUCAUCACCCGCUCCACGUUCCCCUCUUCUGGCCGCUGGGGUGGACACUGGCUGGGAGACAACACAGCCGCGUGGGACCAGCUGAGGAAGUCUAUCAUUGGCAUGAUGGAGUUCAGCCUCUUUGGCAUUCCCUAUACAGGAGCAGACAUCUGUGGGUUCUUUCAAGACGCUGAGUAUGAGAUGUGUGCUCGCUGGAUGCAGCUGGGGGCCUUUUACCCCUUCUCCAGGAACCACAACACCAUUGGGACCAAGAGACAAGACCCUGUGUCCUGGAACGCUACCUUCGUGAAUCUCUCCAGAAGCGUCCUGGAGACCAGAUACACCCUGCUGCCCUAUCUCUACACCCUGAUGUACAAGGCCCACGUGGAGGGCAGCACAGUGGUGCGGCCUCUCCUGCACGAGUUUGUGUCAGACCGGGUGACCUGGGACAUAGAUGGUCAGUUCCUGCUGGGCCCGGCCUUCCUGGUCAGCCCUGUGCUGGAGCCCAACGCCAGAGAAGUCAGUGCGUAUUUCCCGGGAGCCCUCUGGUAUGACUACUACACAGGUGCGGAUGUCAAUGCAAAGGCCCAGUGGAAGGUCCUGCCCGCCCCUCUGGACCACAUCAACCUUCACGUCCGUGGCGGCUACAUCCUGCCCUGGCAGGAGCCUGCGCUGAACACCAACCAGAGUCGACAGAACGCUCUUGGUCUUAUCAUUGCUCUGGAUGAGAACAAAGAAGCAAAAGGUGAACUUUUCUGGGAUGAUGGAGACACCAAAGAUACUGUGGCCAAUAACGUCUAUCUUUUAUGUGAGUUUUCUGUCACCCAAAACCGCUUGGAUGUGAAGAUCUCACAGUCAGGCUACAAGGACCCCAACAAUUUAGCUUUUAAAGAGAUUAAAAUCUUUGGGACACAGGAACCUAGCAAUGUUACAGUGAAACACAAUGGUGUCCCGAGUCAGAUGUCUCCUAUGGUCACUUACAAUUAUAGCCUGAAGGUUGCCGUUAUCACAGAAAUUGACCUUGUCCUGGGAGAAGCGUACACGGUGGAGUGGACCUUGACGACGAGCGAUGAGGAAAAGAUCGACUGCUAUCCUGAUGAGCAGGGAGUUUCUGCAGACAACUGCAUUGCCCGUGGCUGUGUCUGGGAGGAAUCCAGUUCUCCUGGGGUCCCUUUCUGCUACUUCGUCAAUGAUCUAUACUCUGUCAGCAAUGUUCAGUAUAACUCAGAUGGAGCCACAGCUGACAUCUCCCUAAAGUCCUCUGUUCAGGCCAACGCCUUCCCGUCCACACCUGUGAACCCCCUGCGCCUGCAAGUGACCUACCACAGGAAUGAAAUGCUGCAGUUUAAGAUCUAUGACCCCAACAACAGUCGGUAUGAGGUCCCAGUUCCUCUGAACUUACCCGGGGCUCCAGCCAGCAGCCCUGAGAGUCAGCUCUAUGAGGUCUCCAUUGGGGAGAACCCAUUCGGGGUCGUGAUUCGCCGCAGGAGCACAGGCACUGUCAUCUGGGACUCUCGGCUGCUCGGCUUCCUGUUCAAUGACCUGUUCAUGCGCAUCUCCACCCGCCUGCCCUCUGCGUACCUGUAUGGCUUUGGGGAGACGGAGCACACGUCCUUCAGGAGAGACCUGAACUGGCACACGUGGGGCAUGUUUUCCCGAGACCAGCCCCCGGGGUACAAGCUGAAUUCCUAUGGUGUGCACCCCUACUACAUGGGCCUGGAGGAGGAUGGCAGUGCCCACGGAGUGCUCCUGCUCAACAGCAACGCCAUGGAUGUGACGUUCCAGCCCAUGCCCGCCCUGACUUACCGGACCACAGGGGGAGUUCUGGACUUCUAUGUGUUCUUGGGACCCACUCCAGAGCUUGUCACUCAGCAGUACACAGAGGUGAUUGGUCGGCCUGUGAUGGUGCCUUACUGGUCCCUGGGCUUCCAGCUGUGUCGCUAUGGCUAUGAGAAUGACACGGAGAUUGCCAACCUGUAUGAUGAUAUGGUGGCCGCCCAGAUUCCCUAUGACGUGCAGUACUCAGACAUCGACUACAUGGAGCGGCAGCUGGACUUCACCCUCAGCCCCAAGUUUGCUGGGCUCCCAGCUCUGAUCCAGCGCCUGCGUGGUGAUGGGAUGCGGGUCAUCCUCAUCCUGGACCCAGCGAUCUCUGGCAAUGAGACGCAGCCUUACCCGGCCUUCACUCGGGGUGUGGAGGACGACGUCUUCAUCAAAUACCCGAAUGACGGCGGCAUUGUCUGGGGAAAGGUCUGGCCUGACUACCCUGGUGUUGUUGUGAACAGCUCUCUGGACUGGGACAGUCAAGUGGAGCAAUACCGAGCGUAUGCGGCCUUCCCAGACUUUUUCCGUAAUUCAACUGUCAGCUGGUGGAAGAGGGAAAUACAAGAAAUGUACACCAACCCACGGAAUCCAGAGAAGAGCUUGAAGUUCGACGGCUUGUGGAUUGACAUGAAUGAACCGUCGAGCUUUGUGAAUGGGGCAGUUCCUGCAGGCUGCACAGAUCCCACUCUGAACCAUCCGCCCUACAUGCCACACCUGGAGUCCAGGGGCACGGGCCUGAACAGCAAGACCCUGUGCAUGGAGAGCGAGCAGAUCCUGCCAGAUGGCUCCCGUGUGCGGCACUACGACGUGCACAGCCUGUACGGGUGGUCCCAGACCAGACCCACCUACGAAGCCGUGCAGGAGGUGACGGGACAGCGAGGGAUCGUCAUCACCCGCUCCACGUUCCCCUCUUCUGGCCGCUGGGGUGGACACUGGCUGGGAGACAACACAGCCGCGUGGGACCAGCUGAGGAAGUCUAUCAUUGGCAUGAUGGAGUUCAGCCUCUUUGGCAUUCCCUAUACAGGAGCAGACAUCUGUGGGUUCUUCCAAGACGCUGAGUAUGAGAUGUGUGCUCGCUGGAUGCAGCUGGGGGCCUUUUACCCCUUCUCCAGGAACCACAACACCAUUGGGACCAAGAGACAAGACCCUGUGUCCUGGAACGCUACCUUCGUGAAUCUCUCCAGAAGCGUCCUGGAGACCAGAUACACCCUGCUGCCCUAUCUCUACACCCUGAUGCACAAGGCCCACGUGGAGGGCAGCACGGUGGUGCGGCCUCUCCUGCACGAGUUUGUGUCAGACCGGGUGACCUGGGACAUAGAUGGUCAGUUCCUGCUGGGCCCGGCCUUCCUGGUCAGCCCUGUGCUGGAGCCCAACGCCAGAGAAGUCAGUGCGUAUUUCCCUGAAGCCCGCUGGUAUGACUACUACACGGGUGCAGAUGUUAAUGCAAAGGCCCAGUGGAAGGUCCUGCCCGCCCCUCUGGACCACAUCAACCUUCACGUCCGUGGCGGCUACAUCCUGCCCUGGCAGGAGCCUGCGCUGAACACCAACCAGAGUCGACAGAACGCUCUUGGUCUUAUCAUCGCCCUGGAUGAGAACAAAGAAGCGAAAGGUGAACUUUUCUGGGAUGACGGAGACACCAAAGAUACUGUGGCCAAUAAUGUUUACCUUUUAUGUGAGUUUUCCGUCACCCAAAACCACUUGGAUGUGAAGAUCUCACAAUCAACCUACAAGGACCCAAAUAAUCUAGCAUUUAAAGAGAUUAAAAUCUUUGGAUCACAGGAACCUAGCAAUGUUACAGUGACACACAAUGGUGUUCUAAGUCCGAUGGCUCCCAAAGUCACUUAUGAUUAUAACCUGAAGGUUGCUGUUAUCACAGAAAUUGACCUUGUCCUGGGAGAAGCGUACACGGUGGAGUGGACCUUGACGACGAGGGAUGAGGAAAAGAUCGACUGCUAUCCUGAUGAGCAGGGAGUUUCUGCAGACAACUGCAUUGCCCGUGGCUGUGUCUGGGAGGAAUCCAGUUCUCCUGGGGUCCCUUUCUGCUACUUUGUCAAUGAUCUAUACUCUGUCAGCAAUGUUCAGUAUAACUCAGAUGGAGCCACUGCUGACAUCUCCCUAAAGUCCUCUGUUCAAGCCAACGCCUUCCCGUCCACACCCGUGAACCCCCUGCGCCUGCAAGUGACCUACCACAGGAAUGAAAUGCUGCAGUUUAAGAUCUAUGACCCCAACAACAGUCGGUAUGAGGUCCCAGUUCCUCUGAACUUACCCGGGGUUCCAGCCAGCAGCCCUGAGAGUCAGCUCUAUGAAGUCUCCAUUGGGGAGAACCCAUUCGGGGUCGUGAUUCGCCGCAGGAGCACAGGCGCUGUCAUCUGGGACUCUCGGCUGCUCGGCUUCCUGUUCAAUGACCUGUUCAUGCGCAUCUCCACCCGCCUGCCCUCUGCGUACCUGUAUGGCUUUGGGGAGACGGAGCACACGUCCUUCAGGAGAGACCUGAACUGGCACACGUGGGGCAUGUUUUCCCGAGACCAGCCCCCGGGGUACAAGCUGAAUGCCUAUGGCGUGCACCCCUACUACAUGGGCCUGGAGGAGGAUGGCAGUGCCCACGGAGUGCUCCUGCUCAACAGCAAUGCCAUGGAUGUGACUUUCCAGCCCACGCCCGCCCUGACUUACCGGACCACAGGGGGAGUUCUGGACUUCUAUGUGUUCUUGGGGCCCACUCCAGAGCUUGUCACUCAGCAGUACACCGAGGUGAUUGGUCGGCCUGUGAUGGUGCCUUACUGGUCCCUGGGCUUCCAGCUGUGUCGCUAUGGCUAUGAGAAUGACACGGAGAUUGCCAACCUGUAUGAUGAUAUGGUGGCUGCCCAGAUCCCCUAUGACGUGCAGUACUCAGACAUCGACUACAUGGAGCGGCAGCUGGACUUCACCCUCAGCCCCAAGUUUGCUGGGCUCCCAGCUCUGAUCCAGCGCCUGCGUGGUGAUGGGAUGCGGGUCAUCCUCAUCCUGGACCCAGCGAUCUCUGGCAAUGAGACGCAGCCUUACCCUGCCUUCACUCGGGGUGUGGAGGACGACGUCUUCAUCAAAUACCCGAAUGACGGCGGCAUUGUCUGGGGAAAGGUCUGGCCUGACUACCCUGGUGUUGUUGUGAACAGCUCUCUGGACUGGGACAGUCAAGUGGAGCAAUACCGAGCUUAUGUGGCCUUCCCAGACUUUUUCCGUAAUUCAACUGUCAGCUGGUGGAAGAGGGAAAUACAAGAAAUGUACACCAACCCACGGAACCCAGAGAAGAGUUUGAAGUUCGACGGCUUGUGGAUUGACAUGAAUGAACCGGCGAGCUUUGUGAAUGGGGCAGUUCCUGCAGGCUGCACGGAUCCCACUCUGAACCAUCCGCCCUACAUGCCACACCUGGAGUCCAGGGGUGCGGGCCUGAGCAGCAAGACCCUGUGCAUGGAGAGUGAGCAGAUCCUGCCAGACGGCUCCCGUGUGCGGCACUACGACGUGCACAGCCUGUACGGGUGGUCCCAGACCAGACCCACCUACGAAGCCGUGCAGGAGGUGACAGGACAGCGAGGGAUCGUCAUCACCCGCUCCACGUUCCCCUCUUCUGGCCGCUGGGGUGGACACUGGCUGGGAGACAACACAGCCGCGUGGGACCAGCUGAGGAAGUCUAUCAUUGGCAUGAUGGAGUUCAGCCUCUUUGGCAUUCCCUAUACAGGAGCAGACAUCUGUGGGUUCUUCCAAGACGCUGAGUAUGAGAUGUGUGCUCGCUGGAUGCAGCUGGGGGCCUUUUACCCCUUCUCCAGGAACCACAACACCAUUGGGACCAAGAGACAAGACCCUGUGUCCUGGAACGCUACCUUCGUGAAUCUCUCCAGAAGCGUCCUGGAGACCAGAUACACCCUGCUGCCCUAUCUCUACACCCUGAUGUACAAGGCCCACGUGGAGGGCAGCACGGUGGUGCGGCCUCUCCUGCACGAGUUUGUGUCAGACCGGGUGACCUGGGACAUAGAUGGUCAGUUCCUGCUGGGCCCGGCCUUCCUGGUCAGCCCUGUGCUGGAGCCCAAUGCCAGAGAAGUCAGUGCGUAUUUCCCUGGAGCCCGCUGGUAUGACUACUACACGGGUGCGGAUGUUAAUGCAAAGGCCCAGUGGAAGGUCCUGCCCGCCCCUCUGGACCACAUCAACCUUCACGUCCGUGGCGGCUACAUCCUGCCCUGGCAGGAGCCUGCGCUGAACACCAACCAGAGUCGGCAGAACGCUCUUGGCCUUAUCAUCGCCCUGGAUGAGAACAAAGAAGCGAAAGGUGAACUCUUCUGGGAUGACGGAGACACCAAAGAUACUGUGGCCAAUAACGUUUACCUUUUGUGUGAGUUUUCCAUCACCCAAAACCUCCUGGAAGUGAAGGUUUCAUGGUCAGGCUACAGAGAUCCCAACAAUUUAGCCUUUAAAGAGAUUAAAAUCUUCGGGACGCAGGAGCCCAGCAAUGUUACCGUGAAGCACAACGGUGUCCUGAGUCAGAUGUCUCCUAAAGUCACUUACGAUCACAACCUGAAGGUUGCCGUUAUCACAGAAAUUGACCUUGUCCUGGGAGAAGCGUACACGGUGGAGUGGACCUUGACGACGAGGGAUGAGGAAAAGAUCGACUGCUAUCCUGAUGAGCAGGGAGUUUCUGCAGACAACUGCAUUGCCCGUGGCUGUGUCUGGGAGGAAUCCAGUUCUCCUGGGGUCCCUUUCUGCUACUUCGUCAAUGAUCUAUACUCUGUCAGCAAUGUUCAGUAUAACUCAGAUGGGGCCACAGCUGACAUCUCCCUAAAGUCCUCUGUUCAAGCCAACGCCUUCCCGUCCACACCCGUGAACCCCCUGCGCCUGCAAGUGACCUACCACAAGAAUGAAAUGCUGCAGUUUAAGAUCUAUGACCCCAACAACAGUCGGUAUGAGGUCCCAGUUCCUCUGAACUUACCCGGGGUUCCAGCCAGCAGCCCUGAGAGUCAGCUCUAUGAAGUCUCCAUUGGGGAGAACCCAUUCGGGGUCGUGAUUCGCCGCAGGAGCACAGGCACUGUCAUCUGGGACUCUCGGCUGCUCGGCUUCCUGUUCAAUGACCUGUUCAUGCGCAUCUCCACCCGCCUGCCCUCUGCGUACCUGUAUGGCUUUGGGGAGACGGAGCACACGUCCUUCAGGAGAGACCUGAACUGGCACACGUGGGGCAUGUUUUCCCGAGACCAGCCCCCGGGGUACAAGCUGAAUUCCUAUGGUGUGCACCCCUACUACAUGGGCCUGGAGGAGGAUGGCAGUGCCCACGGAGUGCUCCUGCUCAACAGCAACGCCAUGGAUGUGACGUUCCAGCCCACGCCCGCCCUGACUUACCGGACCACAGGGGGAGUUCUGGACUUCUAUGUGUUCUUGGGGCCCACUCCAGAGCUUGUCACUCAGCAGUACACCGAGGUGAUUGGUCGUCCUGUGAUGGUGCCUUACUGGUCCCUGGGCUUCCAGCUGUGUCGCUAUGGCUAUGAGAAUGACACGGAGAUUGCCAACCUGUAUGAUGAUAUGGUGGCCGCCCAGAUCCCCUAUGACGUGCAGUACUCAGACAUCGACUACAUGGAGCGGCAGCUGGACUUCACCCUCAGCCCCAAGUUUGCUGGGCUCCCAGCUCUGAUCCAGCGCCUGCGUGGCGAUGGGAUGCGGGUCAUCCUCAUCCUGGACCCAGCAAUCUCUGGCAAUGAGACGCAGCCUUACCCUGCCUUCACUCGAGGUGUGGAGGACGACGUCUUCAUCAAAUACCCGAAUGACGGCGGCAUUGUCUGGGGAAAGGUCUGGCCUGACUACCCUGGUGUUGUUGUGAACAGCUCUCUGGACUGGGACAGUCAAGUGGAGCAAUACCGAGCUUAUGCGGCCUUCCCAGACUUUUUCCGUAAUUCAACUGUCAGCUGGUGGAAGAGGGAAAUACAAGAAAUGUACACCAACCCACGGAAUCCAGAGAAGAGCUUGAAGUUCGACGGCUUGUGGAUUGACAUGAAUGAACCGGCGAGCUUUGUGAAUGGGGCAGUUCCUGCAGGCUGCACGGAUCCCACUCUGAACCAUCCGCCCUACAUGCCACACCUGGAGUCCAGGGGCACGGGCCUGAGCAGCAAGACCCUGUGCAUGGAGAGCGAGCAGAUCCUGCCAGACGGCUCCCGUGUGCGGCACUAUGAUGUGCACAGCCUGUACGGGUGGUCCCAGACCAGACCCACCUACGAAGCCGUGCAGGAGGUGACGGGACAGCGAGGGAUCGUCAUCACCCGCUCCACGUUCCCCUCUUCUGGCCGCUGGGGUGGACACUGGCUGGGAGACAACACAGCCGCGUGGGACCAGCUGAGGAAGUCUAUCAUUGGCAUGAUGGAGUUCAGCCUCUUUGGCAUUCCCUAUACAGGAGCAGACAUCUGUGGGUUCUUUCAAGACGCUGAGUAUGAGAUGUGUGCUCGCUGGAUGCAGCUGGGGGCCUUUUACCCCUUCUCCAGGAACCACAACACCAUUGGGACCAAGAGACAAGACCCUGUGUCCUGGAACGCUACCUUCGUGAAUCUCUCCAGAAGCGUCCUGGAGACCAGAUACACCCUGCUGCCCUAUCUCUACACCCUGAUGUACAAGGCCCACGUGGAGGGCAGCACAGUGGUGCGGCCUCUCCUGCACGAGUUUGUGUCAGACCGGGUGACCUGGGACAUAGAUGGUCAGUUCCUGCUGGGCCCGGCCUUCCUGGUCAGCCCUGUGCUGGAGCCCAACGCCAGAGAAGUCAGCGCGUAUUUCCCUGAAGCCCGCUGGUAUGACUACUACACGGGUGCGGAUGUUAAUGCAAAGGCCCAGUGGAAGGUCCUGCCCGCCCCUCUGGACCACAUCAACCUUCACGUCCGUGGCGGCUACAUCCUGCCCUGGCAGGAGCCUGCGCUGAACACCAACCAGAGUCGGCAGAAUGCUCUUGGUCUUAUCAUCGCCAUGGAUGAGAACAAAGAAGCGAAAGGUGAACUUUUCUGGGAUGAUGGAGACACCAAAGAUACUGUGGCCAACAAUGUUUAUCUUUUAUGUGAGUUUUCCGUCACCCAAAACCACCUGGACGUGAAGGUUUCACAGUCAGGCUACAAGGACCCCAACAAUUUAUCAUUUAAAGAGAUUAAAAUCUUUGGGACGCAGGAACCUAGCAAUGUUACAGUGAAGCACAAUGGUGUCCUAAUUCAGACGUCUCCUAAAGUCACUUACAAUUAUAACCUGAAGGUUGCCGUUAUCACAGAAAUUGACCUUGUCCUGGGAGAAGCGUACACGGUGGAGUGGACCUUGACGACGAGGGAUGAGGAAAAGAUCGACUGCUAUCCUGAUGAGCAGGGAGUUUCUGCAGACAACUGCAUUGCCCGUGGCUGUGUCUGGGAGGAAUCCAGUUCUCCUGGGGUCCCUUUCUGCUACUUCGUCAAUGAUCUAUACUCAGUCAGCAAUGUUCAGUAUAACUCAGAUGGGGCCACUGCUGACAUCUCCCUAAAGUCCUCUGUUCAAGCCAACGCCUUCCCGUCCACACCCGUGAACCCCCUGCGCCUGCAAGUGACCUACCACAAGAAUGAAAUGCUGCAGUUUAAGAUCUAUGACCCCAACAACAGUCGGUAUGAGGUCCCAGUUCCUCUGAACUUACCCGGGGUUCCAGCCAGCAGCCCUGAGAGUCAGCUCUAUGAAGUCUCCAUUGGGGAGAACCCAUUCGGGGUCGUGAUUCGCCGCAGGAGCACAGGCGCUGUCAUCUGGGACUCUCGGCUGCUCGGCUUCCUGUUCAAUGACCUGUUCAUGCGCAUCUCCACCCGCCUGCCCUCUGCGUACCUGUAUGGCUUUGGGGAGACGGAGCACACGUCCUUCAGGAGAGACCUGAACUGGCACACGUGGGGCAUGUUUUCCCGAGACCAGCCCCCGGGGUACAAGCUGAAUUCCUAUGGCGUGCACCCCUACUACAUGGGCCUGGAGGAGGAUGGCAGUGCCCACGGAGUGCUCCUGCUCAACAGCAACGCCAUGGAUGUGACGUUCCAGCCCACGCCCGCCCUGACUUACCGGACCACAGGGGGAGUUCUGGACUUCUAUGUGUUCUUGGGGCCCACUCCAGAGCUUGUCACUCAGCAGUACACCGAGGUGAUUGGUCGUCCUGUGAUGGUGCCUUACUGGUCCCUGGGCUUCCAGCUGUGUCGCUAUGGCUAUGAGAAUGACACGGAGAUUGCCAAUCUGUAUGAUGAUAUGGUGGCCGCCCAGAUCCCCUAUGACGUGCAGUACUCAGACAUCGACUACAUGGAGCGGCAGCUGGACUUCACCCUCAGCCCCAAGUUUGCUGGGCUCCCAGCUCUGAUCCAGCGCCUGCGUGGCGAUGGGAUGCGGGUCAUCCUCAUCCUGGACCCAGCGAUCUCUGGCAAUGAGACGCAGCCUUACCCUGCCUUCACUCGAGGUGUGGAGGACGACGUCUUCAUCAAAUACCCGAAUGACGGCGGCAUUGUCUGGGGAAAGGUCUGGCCUGACUACCCUGGUGUUGUUGUGAACAGCUCUCUGGACUGGGACAGUCAAGUGGAGCAAUACAGAGCUUAUGCAGCCUUCCCAGACUUCUUCCGUAAUUCAACCAUCACGUGGUGGAAGAGGGAAAUACAAGAAAUGUACACCAACCCACAGAGUCCUGAGAAGAGCUUGAAGUUCGACGGCUUGUGGAUUGACAUGAAUGAACCGGCGAGCUUUGUGAAUGGGGCAGUUCCUGCAGGCUGCACGGAUCCCACUCUGAACCAUCCCCCCUACAUGCCACACCUGGAGUCCAGGGGCGCGGGCCUGAACAGCAAGACCCUGUGCAUGGAGAGUGAGCAGAUCCUGCCAGACGGCUCCCGUGUGCGGCACUAUGACGUACACAGCCUGUACGGGUGGUCCCAGACCAGACCCACCUACGAAGCCGUGCAGGAGGUGACGGGACAGCGAGGGAUCGUCAUCACCCGCUCCACGUUCCCCUCUUCUGGCCGCUGGGGUGGACACUGGCUGGGAGACAACACAGCCGCGUGGGACCAGCUGAGGAAGUCUAUCAUUGGCAUGAUGGAGUUCAGCCUCUUUGGCAUUCCCUAUACAGGAGCAGACAUCUGUGGGUUCUUCCAAGAUGCUGAGUAUGAGAUGUGUGCUCGCUGGAUGCAGCUGGGGGCCUUUUACCCCUUCUCCAGGAACCACAACACCAUUGGGACCAAGAGACAAGACCCUGUGUCCUGGAACGCUACCUUCGUGAAUCUCUCCAGAAGCGUCCUGGAGACCAGAUACACCCUGCUGCCCUAUCUCUACACCCUGAUGCACAAGGCCCACGUGGAGGGCAGCACUGUGGUGCGGCCUCUCCUGCACGAGUUUGUGUCAGACCGGGUGACCUGGGACAUAGAUGGUCAGUUCCUGCUGGGCCCGGCCUUCCUGGUCAGCCCUGUGCUGGAGCCUAAUGCCAGAGAAGUCAGUGCGUAUUUCCCUGGAGCCCGCUGGUAUGACUACUACACGGGUGUGGAUAUAAAUGCAAGGGGAGAGUGGAAGGUCCUGCCCGCCCCUCUUGACCACAUCAACCUUCACGUCCGUGGCGGCUACAUCCUGCCCUGGCAGGAGCCUGCGCUGAACACCAACCAGAGCCGCCAGAAGUUCUUGGGCCUCAAGGUUGCCUUGGAUGAUGAAGGGACUGCCGGGGGCUGGCUCUUCUGGGAUGAUGGGCAAAGCAUUGAUACCUAUGAACAAGGACUCUAUUAUUUGGCCAACUUCUCUGCCAGCCAGAAUACUCUGCAGAGCCAUGUAGUUUUUAACAGUUACAUCAAUGACGCAAACCCUUUGAACCUGGGCUACAUUGAAAUCUGGGGAGUGAGCAGUGUCUCCAUUACCAGUGUCAGCAUCGCUCUGAGCAACAUGGACAUAACCCCCAUCUUCAGCCAGGACCCUGCGACACAGGUGUUACGCGUUGAUGUGAGCGGCACAAACGUCAGCCUCCAUGACUUCAUCUCAUUGACGUGGAGAAGCACAUGA